GAACAUCAAUAACUGGAACUGAACAGUUUAUUUCAAUCGUUUGAAUAUCAAACAGAUUCUAUUCUGCUUUCUUUGCUCCUCCACCAAUUUGAUUUCAGCCAGUUUCUUCACAUCUUGUAUUUCAAUACUCACACCAAGAGGACUAAUCAUGCAAGAAAAUGUGAGCUCCAGAAUGGACACCCCCACCAACAUCUCCCUGGUGGGGUCCGGGGACGCUGUGUCUGAGUCCCUGGAGUAUACGACGGUAUCUGUGUUCCUAGUGCUGCUGGUGUGUGGUGUGGGCAUUGUGGGAAACAUCAUGGUCGUGCUGGUGGUUCUUACCACACGGCACAUGCAUACACCCACCAACUGCUAUCUGGUGAGCUUGGCCGUGGCUGACCUGAUGGUCCUGGUGGCCGCGGGUCUGCCGAACAUAUCUGAGAGCUUGAUGGCCACCUGGGUGUACGGGCAUGCUGGGUGCCUGGGUAUCACCUACUUUCAGUACCUUGGUAUUAAUGUGUCCUCCUGUUCGAUCACAGCCUUCACUGUGGAGAGAUAUAUCGCCAUAUGUCACCCAAUGAGGGCUCAAACUGUCUGUACGGUAUCCCGAGCCAAACGCAUCAUUGCCGGGGUGUGGGCUUUCACCUGUGUUUAUUGUAUGCUCUGGCUGUUCCUGGUGGACAUCCAGGUGAACCCUGAUGGUCGUGUUCAGUGCGGCUACCGCGUCUCUCGAGACCUCUACCUGCCCAUCUACCUGAUCGACUUCGCCAUCUUCUAUGUGAUCCCACUGCUUCUGGCCAUCGCUCUUUAUGGUCUCAUCGCUCGAAUCCUUUACCUGAAUCCUCUGCCCCACCCAACAGACUCGGGUACCAUAACUGCCCCCACUCUCAGGAGGAGUUGCAAAGAACCAGCGGACGCCGGAAAAGCGGGUCGUCAGGGACGCCCGAAGAGCGCGCUUUCUUCCCGGAAACAGGUCACUAAGAUGCUUGCAGUGGUGGUUGUGCUCUUUGCCCUGCUGUGGAUGCCGUAUAGGACCCUGGUUCUCAUUAACUCCUUUGUGAGUACGCCAUACCUUGAUGCCUGGUUCCUACUCUUCUGCAGAACCUGCAUUUAUGCCAACAGUGCAAUCAACCCUGUCGUUUACAACUUGAUGUCCCAGAAGUUUCGCUCGGCCUUCCGUGGGCUGUACCACUGCCAUAGGGAAGACGCGCACCAGCGGACGCUCUCCACGCUCCAGAGUGGAUACAGCCUUGGAAGGGACCCCCGACUUUGCUGCAACACCAACGGCACACCUAAAAAAAUCGGUUUAGUCACUCCUGAGCAGAAACCAAACAAAGGCAUGGAGAACCACAAGGAAAAUAUGAACAAGCUAAUUAGAGAUGCCGUAAAAAAUGAGAUUGAGCCAAGCUUCAAGAGAAACGCAGUUGAAAACGGCAACAUAGAUGAAUUGAAAAGCUCAGUUGACAAGGAGAUACCUACAGUGGAGAACGUGGACAUGAGCAAGAUUAAUGAUAAUGGGAAAAUAAUGGAGGAAAGCGAUAAUACAGCUCAGGAUAUUAUCGCUGACAUGAUGAGCAACACAGAGCAGACACAGCUAGCCGCCGGUGAAUUCAAAUCUACUCCGGGAGAAGCUGAACAGAAUGACACAGAGUUAAAUCACAGCAUUGUAUAGAUCAUUCCACUACAUACUGUAUAUAUUUCACUGAAGUGUCAGGGUUGAACGGUAGAGCCUGGUUGUUCAUUUUAAAACCUGAUCUUGGAAUUCGAAACUUGUGUUUACAGGCGUCAUCCUCACUCUCCAGUGGAAGUGGCAAGACUGGAGCCACUCUCUCCUCAUCAUUUACAAGUGGAACCAUUUGGCUGUCAGCACCAGCAUCACAUGCCUCCUAGUGUAGGAGCUCCAGAUGGGGCUGAUUGAUUUGUUACAAAACAUAUUAUUUUUUAAUAUUAUUUUGAAACCAUUAACAUCUCAUAUUGCAGCUGCUUAAAAAUGUAGACUUAAAAUGACACUGAAACAUCACCCAUGAAAAAGAAAAAUCACAAAUGAGUCUUAAGGCUGAAAUAACCAACACGAACCUCAUCCUGCUUUUAAAACAGGCAUUAUACACUUGCCGACUUUGUAAAUGGUUACAGAUCAACUGAAUGACAUACAGUAAAUGACUGAGGGUCACAUGCUGCCAGACUUUCAAGACAUUUUGAAGAAAACAAACU